GCUGUGCGUGUGUGUCAUGGCGUCUCCCUGGAAAGGAGUCGGGUCCGCUUUUAAAUAAGAAAAAAUAUAUAACAGCCUUUCCCUGGAAAAUUACAGUAUAUUUAUUACUUUAAGGACGUUGAUAUGGGGACCGUGCAUGCCAGGAGCUUGGACCCUGUCCCGAUGCAUGGACCCGACCUGGGCGUUCACACUGAUGACCUGGAAGUGGUGGAGGCACAGCAAGAAACCAAGAAAGAAGUCCUGGAAAAUAAGGAUGUUGUUGUGCAACAUGUCAGCAUCGAAGGCUUGGGAAGAACUAAAGAGGACUACCUCGGCUAUGAGAUUGCUGAUGUCUUCAGUGCAAAAAAUCUAAUUGAUGUGAUGAGGAAGUCACACGAGGCUCGGAUGAAAUUGCUUCGUUUGGGCAUAUUCAAAGAGGUGGAAGUUCUCAUUGACGUCUCAGACGGAGAUGAUGCCUUGCCUAAUGGUCUAGAUGUUACAUUUGAGGUGACAGAGAUGAAGAGGGUCACAGGCAGUUAUAACACCAUGGUUGGAAACAAUGAGGGUAGCAUGGUGCUUGGCGUUAAAUUACCCAACAUGUUUGGUCGUGGAGAAAAGCUCACCUUCCAGUUUUCCUACGGGACUAAGGAGACAUCAUACGGCUUGUCGUUCUUUAAACCUCAGCCUGGAUAUUACGAACGCAAUUUUGCACUAAACCUUUACAAAGUGACUGGCCAGUUUCCAUGGAGUUCACUCAAGGAAACUGACAGGGGAGUUUCCACAGAACUUAACUUCCCUUUGUGGAUGACGAAUCACACACUAAAGUGGGAAGGGGUGUGGCGGGAACUGAGCUGCCUCGCACGCAGCGCAUCAUUUGCUGUUCGAGAAGAAAGUGGCCACAAGCUCAAGUCUGCUCUCUCGCACACGAUGGCGAUCGACACUAGGAACUCCACCAUCCUACCAAGAAAAGGUGCCUUACUGCGGAUCAACCAGGAGCUAGCAGGCUACACUGGUGGAGAUACAAGUUUCCUGAAGGAAGAUUUUGAGCUGCAGUUAAACAAACCAUUCCUCUGGGGCUCUGUGCUUUCAGCAUCUCUCUGGGGAGGAAUGAUCUUUCCUAUUGGGGGUCAACCCAUCUCGAUUGCAGACAAGUUCUACCUGGGUGGUCCGACCAGCGUCAGAGGAUUCGGCAUGUACUGCAUCGGCCCUCAGAGUGAAGGUGACUACCUGGGUGGAGACGCAUAUUGGGCUGGAGGACUCCACCUAUACACACCACUCCCUUUCCGCACAACCCGAGGUGGCUUUGCUGAUCUCUUCAGAACACAUUUCUUCCUUAAUGCAGGAAAUAUCUGCAACCUCAACUAUGGGGAGGGUCCACAUGCACACUUGCAGAAGUUAGCAGAAUGUAUUCGCUGGUCCUACGGUGCAGGCAUCAUACUCCGACUGGGAAACAUUGCAAGACUAGAGCUCAACUACUGCAUUCCCAUGGGUGUUCAGAGCGGAGACAGGAUAUGCGACGGAGUACAGUUUGGAGCUGGGAUCCGUUUCCUGUGAUCUCAUCAGCUGCUGGUUUAGUCCUGGAACUGUAAACCUGUGGGAUUAGUGGCUGGCUGAUGUGUGUAGUAAUGUCAGAAUGAAAUCCCUCCUGCAUGCAUGUGAUGGGCUUUAUUUUCCAAGGACAAAACCUGACCGAGCUUGUUUAACUUCUUUACACUUGUGGGAUUUGUUGCCAUUAGGACCAUUUAUUCAUGUGUAAUAACAGGUGCUAUAUGUAAACUUUUGUGCUUCAACUAUUUAUGUUUUUGUGAAAACACCCAAUUGGAAGUGAAGCAGUGAAAAAAAUCAUUCUGCGUGGUAUUCAUUUUGUUUUGACCAGUAUUGGGAGAUACCAGUAAUUGCCAUCAUUUGUGUUGAAAUCCAUGUAUCGUAUCAAGGUUCUGACUGCUCAGACGAAACCUACUUUUAAAAUGAACCUAAAACCGAUUAAUGCAGUCAAUUGUAGUUAAUUCAAGCACUUUUUCAUUGUUUUUCCAUUUUUAAGUGAAGUGGUUCAUUGUCUGAUUUUGGCUUUAAAGCCCCACUAAAAUCCACCAGCAGUACUUUUCUUGUAGUUCUGUCUAUUAAGAUGUUGUACACCAAGAAUAAAUCACAUUUGCCCCUUAUCUUA